UUUCUUUAGUCGCUCAAUCUCCACCGAUUACAAGCCCUAGCCAAGAUACAAAGUCGUCGCCACCAUGGUCUGCCCCAAAUUUCUCUAAAAGUCAUCUUCCAGUACCUUCAUCCGCCCAUUUCUACUUCGAACUCAUGGUUUACGUCUCCAAGCUACCCGUCGUCCUCCUAGUUAUCCUCAGGUUAUUUCCAGAUGUCAGAUUAUUUAGCUACAUUUACUAUGUAUUGUUGGGAACUCUUCAAUUGAUUACUUGAUGGACCAGGAAGGUGAGAAUCCGGCGGCGGAUCCUAGGAUAUGGAAUCGGAACCGUAAUGAUAUGACUUUCUUCGGAGAUUACGAUGAAGACGAUGACGAAGAUGAUGAUGAGGAGGAGGAAGAUGACAGGAGCAUGGAUCUUCUUAUUAGGUUUGUUAAGAACGUGUUUAAGAAGAUAUCUAAGCGAGCUCGCAAAGUCGUUCGAUCCGUUCUUCCUAUCAGUAUCCCCACAAAAUUGGUGGGAUUCUCUGUUAAUGGAGUUAUAAUCACGAAUUUCAAUUUUGUUGGAAUGGAAUCAUGA